UCGGCACCGUGCGGCAGUAUCGGUGCAACAGCGGCGUCUUUUUUAGUGAUCGCCUAGCGGACUUCGCAGGGCGUGUGGAACGGAACGGUCAGACAACCACUCUUGGACACCCAUUGGCGCUAGUGAUAUUAAUCUGUUGCUAACGGCCAACUCAUUUACGUAUAGGGAUAGUGAAUAUACCGUUUGGUGCAGUUUGUCUUCACUUCCCACACUAUUCCAAGUUCUUCAGGAUCUGUACAAGUGGUCUGUAGUACUGCGACAUCGACGUUGUUGUGUGAAAAAUGCCGAAAUAACUUUGUUGAAGUCCCACGAGAAGAGCGUCGAACGUAUAGAGUGAAUUUCGUUUCUACGAUUUUCCAUCACGUGAGUGCACACGGAGAUUGAGAGCCUGGGGUUGAAGUGAGCAUUUACAACUGAAUAAAUUCAAGGAGGCAGUAAAAUAUCUAGUAAUACUGCAUAGUAAGCGCGAGUCAUUUAUAAUGUUGUUAAAGUAUGUUACCUACUUCGUGCUCGUAUGCGAAACGCAGUCGCUACUUGGCAGUGCCUCGGCCGAAAGAACUGUGAAAUUUAUACAAACUGACCUGUCAAACCGGAACCAGAAUCUCACAUGGGACACCCUAAUGGGAAAUAUAACAGACGGUAUCGGUAGUAUUCUUAACCAAGCCUUACCUCAUAUUGUUCGCGCCACGUCCGAAAUAGAAAUUGGAGCCGAUUGCACCGCCGCGAUGUUUAAGUUCUUUCUUGAACUGCGUAAACUUACGCCAUGGGCGCUCAGAAUGGCUGAUGCAUCCGGGAAACCGCCAGCUGGCUUACUCGAAGGAACACUCGCCUUAAUUGGAUCCUAUGACGAGUGUUUAUCCACUGUAGCUUGGAAGCAUUCAGAUGACGUCCAUUCAAGCCGAGGCAGGCGAGAUACAAACGCCCAAUCGAAGAAUUCGUCGGCUUCGUCGGAGCCUGCGACCAACGACGACUCGGAUCCUGCCUUCGUUGGAUCCUACUGCACCCUUCAAAUGGCUCCGAAUUUUGACUUUAUAGAACUAUUCCAUAAUCAUACUCAUGCUAUCGAUCUACUUGGCUCGUAUCUGAGCAGUGAUCAGGUCGCUGAGAAAACGUUACGCAUCCCAGGCAGCCAUGUUAGUUACCGCGUGGGCCUUUGCGUCCCUUCGGCCUGCACCAAGGACGACAUCGAUCGGGUGGUCCAACACCUGCUGAAGGAUGUCGAUUUCCAGGGAUCGGUGACUCGCUGCGAAAUCCGUGAGGAAGUCCCCGUUUCGAACCUGCAAAUGGCUAUCAUGGCAACCGCUGCUAUCUGCCUUAUCUUGGUUACGCUCGGAACUUUAUUGGAAACCUGUUGCGGAAUUGAGGAUGUCGCUCGGAAUGCCAAAGAAGCAGCUCUCAACGGAACUGAAUUAGACUCGCUGUUGGUCCGCCUUGUACGAUGUUUCUCGUUGCAGGGCAACCUGUCCGAGCUGUUAGGACUUUCGAGUAGCAGAAUUUCGAAUCUGGCGGUUCUCGAUGGGAUUCGAUCACUCUCAAUGUUGUGGGUGAUAUUUGGCCAUACGUAUUUCUUUGUCGAAAACGUUCAGCCAUUUCGUUCGAUUUUGAACGGUCAUCAGGUGCACACAGGAAAUAUAAUCAUGGCUUCCAUUUUGAAUUUCACACUCAGCGUAGAUUCGUUCUUCUUGCUAAGUGGCUUGUUAAUUAUGUACUCGAAUUGGCGAGAAUUUGAGUUUACGGGAACUAUGAAGAUACUGCCGUUCAUCUGCAACAAAUAUUGGCGAAUGCUGCCUGGUCUCAUGGCCACAAUGGGGAUCCUAUUCUUGCUCCCGCUAUUUGGCGAUGGCCCGUUUUGGAAGGACGUUCUUGAUAAUGAGAUCACCCUUUGCGAAUCCAAAUGGUGGACAAAUCUAAUCUUUAUGAACAACGUCUUCAAUAAUCAGGAAAUGUGUCUCGUGGCAACGUGGUACCUUGCUUGUGCGUUCCAGUUUGUCCUUUUGGCCCCCUUGCUCGUAAUACCACUUUACAGAUCCUUCUUGCGCGGCUUUAUCGUAAACUUUCUGUUCAUCUUGGGGGGUUCAGUGCUCACCGCCGGAGUAACGUUCCUCUACAAUCUCCCACCAGGGAUGAUAUUCUUCCCUGACCUCAAUAUGUUAGUGGAGAUCUGCUCAAAAGUCUACCAGAAACCUUACAAUCAUGUCGGCCCGUUCUGUGUGGGCAUUCUGCUCGGAUAUGCCAUCCGCAAGCACCGAAACAUGUACAUCUCAAAGUGGACCCAGUUUGUCUUAUGGACGACUUCAGCCAUCAGCUGUACUGCGAUUCUCGUAGUGGCAUACCCGUGGAAUCAACGAUUGCCUCCACAACCUGUGGCAACGGUCUAUGCUGCAACUCACCGAGUCAUAUGGAGCCUCGGAAUCUCCUGGCUAAUCUUUGCCUGCAUCUCCGGAAAAGGAGGUCCUGUGGCGGCUGUUCUUUCGUGGGGAGGCUUCGGAGUGCUUGGUCGACUAGCCUAUCUGGGCUAUCUCAUCCACCCAUUAUUGAUCCUGUAUCAGGUAGCAACAACUCGAAGCCUUAUCUACUAUUCCCAUUACGAUAAGCUCUACUCGUUCUGCGGCCAUCUCGUCGUAACCUUAGCGUUGUCUACAUGUUUAUACGUUUUUGUUGAAGGGCCAUGUCUGCGAAUUGCCAAUGAAUUUCUUAAACAGCAACGAACCAUUCCAAAUGUGUCUAUGACUGAAACGCAUCACCGCCAUGAUAUGGGAGGCAUCAACAAUGUUACCAGACUGACCAAGGACUGCGUACCCAAUCAUUACACGACGAGAAAUUCGUGCAAGCUAUAGAGCUUUCACAGUUUCUAGGAAUAGAA